AUGGAUCUCGAAAACAGAAAAUUCUUCAUCAUUUGCUCGAUUCUGUUCUUCACAGCGAUCAUAUCCUGGGUGUUCCUCCCCGUAUCUAACUUGGCAGAGCAAUCAUGGAGCUUUGCCACUGCUGAGAGCCCAUUCUCUUUCAAAGCUCCCAAGCCCAAUAUCUGGUCUGAACUCACGGAAGAUGAAACAAGAGAGGUCUACAAUUUUGUGGCAGCAGAGCUUCCAGAUCUCAAUCUGGUCACAAGACCAGAGAAUGGCGUAGGAAACUUCACGUACACAGUCGAGACGCUCAGACCAAACAAGACGGAUGCGAUCUCAUACUUGUACGGGGACGAUCACUCUCCAGAGAGAUGGGCCAAGCUGGUUCUUGGCCAGAGCAUCAAUAACGAACGAUACUUGGUCUACUACGCUGUUGGUCCGUUGCCCAUCUCGGAGAGUUCCACAGUCACUCCUUUGGAGUACCCCUUCCGCUCGGGCAAGAACAUGGUCAAGUCUCCGAUCCUAGACUACUUUUCCUUGUCUGAAUUCGGCGAUGCCGUGGGACGGAACGUCUCAGACAUUACCCGAGAGCUUCUAGGGGCUGCUAUGGGUGAUGAUGGCCUAGAUGCUCUCAAGUGUUGGCCGAGGACGACCACCGUUACGCGCGCGGGACUCGUGCUUUGGUUUCAAUUCUUUCGCUCCGGCCAAGGCUCCGGGGGUAGAACGCUUCUGCCGCAGGGUCUCUACUUCAAGGCAAAUGCUUCAAGUUCGGAUAAGUCUGACUGGAGUGUCGAAGAGUGGUUUUACAAUGGAAAGAUUUACGCGAGCGUUGAGGAAUUUCGAAAUGCUCUGGACACUCUCCAACGAACACCUGCAAAUCUUGACGGAGAUUGGACGGAGACCGAGGACUUCGAUUCUUCGCCGCCAGGAAGAGAGUUGCCGCCGCCUGUGAGCGUUCAGCCUUUCGGAACCAGGUAUAAGCUUGAUCGGAAAGAAAAAUUCGUUUCGUGGUUUGGAUUCGAAUUCUACAUCACAACCUCUCAAGCGACAGGACUCGCAUUGUUCGACAUUCGCUUCAAAGGGCAAAGAGUGAUGUACGAGUUAGGUCUUCAAGAAGCUAUGGCACAUUAUGCCGGUGACGAUCCCAUGGCUGGCGGCCAAGAAUUCUUGGACACAUUCUUUGGCAUGGGUAAGAACAUGUUCGAGCUUGUUCCCGGAUACGACUGUCCAGCCUACGCCGACUACAUGGACACUCAAUAUCACAUGCUCCGUGAGGUCCAUGAGCUGCCUAGCAGCAUCUGCAUCUUCGAGUACACUGCCGACCAUCUCCUCUCACGUCACACUACCCAGUAUUCCGUGACAGCAUCGAGAAACACCUACCUUGUUGUCCGAUCAGUUUCGACCGUGGGCAACUACGACUAUGCGAUUGACUAUAUUUUCUACAUGGACGGCACAAUUGAGACCAAAGUCCGGGCGUCUGGUUACAUUUUCGCUGCUUUCUACAGAGCCAAUAAGACAGAGGGCGAAGAUGAGUAUGGGCACCGCAUCGGUGAGGCGGUUUCCAGCAGUGUACACGAUCAUGUAAUAUGCGCCAGUGGCUCUACACUUCCAUUACGAAGAGGUUGACUGACCCGUUGCUUGUAGGUGAUCAACUUCAAAGCAGACCUAGACGUUGCUGGCCCGAGAAACGACAUGAUCCGUCUAGCUUUGGAGCCUACAACGAAGAGCUACAACUGGGACCUACCUGAGGUGAAAGAGCGCAACACCAUGCAUCUCGUGGAGUACCCUGUCGACGCUGAAAUCGGUCUUGACUGGCCGAAGAACUCGGGGGAGUUCUACAUCGUCUACUCCGCAGAUGAGAAGAAUGCAUUCGGGGAGAGAAGAGGCUAUCGCAUCACCUCUGGCACAGGAUUGGGCGCGACGCCUCACCUCACCAUUCUCAAUUCUACCACACUUGGUGACAGUGCUAGAUGGGCUGAGCACGACCUCUGGGUACUCCGCAAUAAAGAACACGAGCCUCGAUCAGCGGAUCCCCUGAACUAUCUGACUCCUCAUGACCCCGUCAUCAAUUUCAACAACAUGGCCGAUCACGAGAGUCUGGAGCACGGUGCUUCGGGAUACGAUGGCGACCUCGUCAUCUAUUUCAACGUCGGAUCCCAUCACAUCCCCCACAGCGGCGACGUACCUAACACGCUCAUGCACACGAGUGCCAGCAGCGUCAUGUUCGUACCGCACAAUUUCCACGACAGAGAUCCUAGUCGAGAGAGCGUGCAGGGCGUCAGGCUACAGUUGAAUGGGAAGAAGCAUAGCGGUGGUUUUGCCGGCGAACAGACCGAGCUGCGGACUCGCUCCGGCAGGAAGACCGGGGCCAAAGCACACUACUUUGGCGCAACGUAUAGAAAAGAUUUGAAACUAGAUUUGGAGGCGAUGGAGCCUCGUCUAGAAGCUUACAGGACAAGUGAGCAUGAUGUGACGCAUCUGACUUUCAAUGGAAGCGCAGCGGGCAUUUGGUUCGGAGAGUAG